AUGCACGACCCGGCUCUUGAUGGCUAUGUGCUGAGACACGCUAGGUCGUGGGGGCAGACAGAAAGCUCUCAGGUAUUACAGCAGACUGCGUGUCUGCCAGGCAGCUCUCGAGUUGUGCUUUCUUCGGUCGUUUUACAGGAAACUAGAACACCGAAUAUCCUCUUGACCAAGUUUGAAUUCCCUGGAGCCAAUUCAAAUCUACUAUCCUUUGCAUCCACCACACCUGAGCCAUCUCCGACCCCCUCGCCUGCGCCUUCCGAGAGCAAUGCUCCUUGGGUGCCGAGUGGUUCACCCUCAUCCGCGAGCUCGAGCUUCGUGGAGGAAACUAGACCUACUCCUUCGGGCCAAUCAGGCCUUUCAGUUAGAAGCCCUUCUGGAAUAUUUGAAUCCUUAAAGCCUGGUUCUACUGCACCGCCCGUGCCAUCUGAGACAUCUACCACAGGCACAGGUGCUGCAUCGAGUUCGGAAACUUCUUCCAUAUCCGAGUCCCAGGGAAGUAUAACAGCUGAAGUUUCACGCUCAACGAGCUCGCCAUUGCCAAUCUUCCCCAAGCCCCCCGAGGGCUUCUCAGCCAGCAGCAUCGCGUCCCUCGGUUCGGAGAAUACUAUAAUCACCACUAUGACCGACGGCCAACAAACGAACCUUCCUAUCUUCCUAGGACAAGCUCUAUAUGGCAUAGGUGCUAUAGGAACCUACUUCAACCUGCCUGGUAUAUCUGGCGGUGUCAAUAUUCCGUGCAUAAUUGGCUGCACCAGUAAUCAGUCGCCUUCACCUGCGGGUGGAGGAUCGCCAGGAGCCUCAGACACAAGCAAUGAUCCAGAUGAUGACGAUGACAAUGACGAUAACGAUGAUAACAAGAGCACUACCACCGGUAGUACUACCAGCACAGCAGAGUCCUGUACUUCUGCCACUACACAGACAGUCUUCCCUGAAUCUGCCUUCUGCUCUGCUAUACCGACCAGUAUCAAGGGCUCUAAGACAACAACGACUACAUGUUCCACCUCUACCAUGACAAGCACAACCGUGGGUUGCGAUGUCACGGCAACAGAGGAGACAAGGACUGCAACAGUCACCCCCGAGUUGAACGCCGACGCACCACUCACCAUGGAAGUGUAUACUGUCCUGCCUCCAUCUUCCACGACAGCUCUAUCAUCUGUUUUGCCAUCAGCUUCAUCAUCAGCUUCAUCACUAGCUUCCCCACCGCCGUUGACUUACGAACUGUUCACUGUCUCACCCCCGUCUUCAUCCCCAGUCUCAUCGCUAUCUUCGUCUCCAGCUUCAUCACGAACAUCACCACCUCCUUUGACCUACGAAGUGUUUACUGUCCUUCCUCCAUCUUCAACACCAGCUUCAUCGCCAGUUUCAUCGCCAGCUUCCCCACCGCCCUUGACUUACGAAGUGUUCACUGUAACUCCUCCCUUUUCAUCACCAGUCUCAUCGCCAUCUGCAUCACCAGCUUCAUCCCGGCCUUUAACUUACGAAGUAUUUACUGUCUUGCCUCCAUCUUCAACGCCAGUUUCGACACCAAAACUAUCAUCAUCAUCUCCCAACCCCUCAACUACCCAAAGCUCUGGUGCUGUUUCUCAAGCUUCUAGGACAUCUUCGCCGGUCAAACCAUUAAGAACCAGCGUUUCCCCGAAUAGGCCAGCAUCGUCGUCCAUAACACCAACGCCAACGCCAACGCCAACAGAAGAACCCUCUAUCACUUGCCAUCCCAAGUACGCUUCUUCUCCUCUAGUACUUACUUUGCAUGCGACAAGAACAACGAAAAAGCUAACAAUUACUCACAGGGGGAAGCCGUCGCUCGUUUGUGAGUGCACAGAGUCGGAAACCAAAUACUUCACCGCACCACCCUUUGACAGAACAAGCAACGUCUGCGGCUACACCACGAAUCCCACCAGCACCAUCGUCGAAACAAUUUCCGAAGCUCCUACGUUCACCGGCUACACUUGGACGGACUCAGUCGAGAGUAUUGUCAAGUCCUGUGACACCGCCACUGAAGUGAGAGAUCCUUAUCAACAUACAACAUGCGACGAUCCGGUUCCCAUAUCAACCCUCCACCCGCAGUUCGGCACUGCAACGCUCCAUGUCUGGGAGGCGUGGGAGACCAACGCCGCAUCACCGAAAGUUAUCAUCGCUGCUGUGAUGAACGAUACAGACCAGGUCAUGGUGGCUGACCAGAGGGAGGCGGUCGAGGUGAACCUCGGCACGAAUGUCACCAUUCCUGUUACAAACCUUGAGUCCUACCCGAUUAACAUUGAGCCUAUUGCGUCGGUCGAGUUCUUGGAUGAGGGAGAACGUCGGCGCAGUCUAGACAAGCGCAUUGUUGUACCUCCUCGACCCUACCCGGUUGACCACUCCGAUCUCGUAUUCUACGUUAAUGGGUUCAAGUUCAACUCCGUUGAUGAUUCAGAAGACGAAAAAGGACAGGAACCUCCGUAUUGUUCUGUUGGGGACUGGGACUUUGGCAGUGCUGCGGACCAGCUGGCGGACUUUUUGGGCAACGUGAUUCCGAUUGCGGAUCUUGUCUUGGGGGCUGGGAAGCUUCCUCUACCGAUACCAGCUCUAUCUUCACGGUGUCCCUAUUUUUCUCUGACCACGAGCUUCUUCGCUAUAUCUCCGUAG